CUCAAAGAAAGGCAUGAUCUUUUCUUACUCUUUAUCAGAAUGGAAUAAUAUUGACUUUCAAGGCAAUAACAGACUUCUGCCAGUGGAUAAGAUAUUUAUUUGUAUAGAAUCUUUUGUCCUUGUUUUGUAAGAAUGGCACAGCAAUUCUAGACAGAAUGCUAUCCUAUUCAAGGAGGAGAAACAGUUUACCCUAAUGGCUUCAAGAGGAUUGUUGUGUUUUGCAGGAAUGAUUAUGAGUGCAUAAGAGCUUACUUCCCAUACACCCACUCUCCUAAGGCAUGCUCCAGACUGAAGGUUUCCACCCAUAUAUCCCUGCAAAUUGAAGGAGCUCACUCAACAUCAACAUCAAGGACUUCUCUCCAACUCAGAGAGGAUACAGGAGCACAGAUAGCUAUCGUACAUUGUCAACAGACAAGACAGGGUGGUGAAAAAGGUGGACAGGAACUCUCCCAAGGUAAGUGACGACUAUAUUGUCCUUAUCAUCUUUCUUCUUCCCUCUCUUAUUCUAACACACAAACAGGAGGGUUUCACGGUUGCUUCUUUCUGUCUGCAACCAGCCCAGACUAUUUUGCAACUGCCAACCCACACUUUUGUCUGUGAGACAGUACUGGUUUCUCUGCUCUCAGCAUUACAGAAUCCCCAACUUGGGGAUGGGUGACAGAGGUAUCCACAUCCUGAUGGGUCUCUCUUGUGGUAUUGUCAGGGGGAACAACACAAACUGAUGUUUUUCAAAUAGCUUGUCUCUCAGUGCAGCUGGGAUGCGUAUCCCCUGCUGUGCAUUCCUUCCCCUCAGGCAAGGCAGCUAAAUGAUAACAACAGGAUUUUUACCAAAUUGUUUUUCCAGACAUGUAAGGAUACUCAAACUACUUCAGUUCUAUUGACAAGAUACACUUUUUCACAAGAUAGAUUAAAAGAAAACAGCAUAUAACAUGGGUUGAGAACCACGAUGGCCACACACGUCUAUCUGUUGAAAGAUUUACUGACCCUCUAUGGAUAUCACUCAUCUCCUUCAAUGGGGGCUGUUCGACAUUAACACAUGCUUGGAUUUCAGUUCAAUGGCACACUGGUCAAAGAACACGUAGAUCCAGUAUGUUACCAUACUGUUGCAUUACGUACCAUAAGCCACACAUUAUAUAUUGACUAUUCAACUGCAGUUUCAGUAGCAUAAUUUACCAACAUUUUAUUAUUCUGUACAUUUGAGUCAACACUGCUGUGUGUUGUUGUGCUUUUUGCACCCUUACCAAAGAAUGAAGCCAUGAGAAAAGGCAUGCGUGGAAUGUCAUUACAGAUAUACAAUUCACCCAAAAGCAAACAUAAAGGGCCCUACUACUGUCGCUGUGGUAAAAACAGCCCUUGUCUAGACCACAUUGUGCAAAAAGAAACCAAAUUGCAAUAGCAGAUUGUACAGUGUAGAGUUUCAUGCCCAUACACCCUUCCAUUUUUACUAGACACUUACUUUCAAUCACAGGAUGUACUAACCUCAAUGGGGGAAAAGUAAUAUAGCUAGACUUCACUCAACUAAAUACAAUGGCAUAAAAUACGCUUCUCCCCCAGAACUGGGCACUGCUCUAUACACUGUAAACCGAUUACUGUAAAACCACCACCUACCCCUCCCUUCAAUCCAGACACUGCAUGGAAAAUGUGUUAAAUUGAUUAAGGCCUUGUUUGGGUCACAGAUGAACAUUUGCUUAGUACUGAAAACUACAAAAAUGUCUCUCAAUACACUGCAGCAGGGUCGUUUAUGUAACAUCUAGUCAGGCCAAAUACAACGUAUUUAGGCAUAUUUGAAAUAGUGAAAUGAUGGCUUCGUGUGUGAUUUGAUUUCCAUUGCAUUUUCCUAUAGCGGCUACGCAUACGACUAUUACCAUCUAGUAAGCUCGCGACGAGCUAGGAUGAGCUUGUGUUGCAUCUAGUACAUAUUAUUUUGAUAAAAAGUAUUCUUUCACAACUAUUUAGCCGGUGGGAAAUUUGCCAUACCACAUGAGAGGGUCUGCUGCAGACUGUAAUGUAUCAGUCACGGAGUCGUUGACGGUGCUAAAUCGGAUACAGGAGCGUAGGCCAUAUGAAACAGAGGUUCAGUUUGUUUUGCAGCCUUUCCGAUUGGUGGGAACACAUGGCAUGCAGUGCGGCUAUGGUAGGGUGCCACAGCUCAGCAUCUGUGUUCGCGGGCUGGUUACGUCUGGUGUGUCAGUCACUCGCCCCCACACAAGGGAGGCCAGUGUUCCUCAUCACAGAGAGACUGUGACGGCCAGGCUCUGCCUCCCUCACAAUGAUAAGAAAGCAGCUGGGAGGCUUCUUUAGCUCAGCUCAGAGGGUUUCAUAAACACAACCAUGCUCCAGACUAUAACUGAUUGAACUGAUGAGGUGAUGCCCAGUUUAGCUCCGUUGGGAAUUCAGUCUUAUACCGAAUGAGGUAGUAUGAGCGUGAAAUUAGUAUGUGUGUGUUCAUGGAAACAGCCUUUAUUUGAUCUAUGAGGCCAGGUCAUAUAGAGCCAGUUUCUUUUGUUUUAUUAGACAUUUUGACUCACAGCCAGCCCCUUUUGGGCAGCGGCCAACUAACAUUAUAGGACCUGGGCCAAUGAGCUUGCAAACAAUUGAUGCUUUUCUGAAAGAGUCAAUUUGCAAACCUUAGCCAGAGUGUGAGAGGCUUUGGUUUCGGGCAAAUAAUGUUUGUUUGUUUUAAUUCCUCUAAGAGCAUGAGUCCUGAGAGGAUGCUUGAUUAGAAAAGAGCUGCUUAUCUCAACAAGCUAUUUUGAUCGCAAUAGCUGUCUGGUUUUCUGUGGAAAAUUCCCCCUAUCUUUAAGGACUCUUUCCCAACAUCUCCCUCUGUGGCCUCCUCCCUUAACCACUCCACCUCUACCUCUUGAUAUUUUCCCCUGAAAACACAUUGCUUCUUUCAGAUGGAAUUUCCUUAUACUUGGCCUGCAUGGUCUAGCCAUUAAAUCCAUGCCAUAUUCCAUUUGUUUCCAAAGGGAACACCAAAUUGAAAUUAUCAGGUAGCUGGAGCAAUUCUUUUUCAUUCUGUCUAAAAAUGCCUGGGGUCUGUUUAUUGAGUUGUUCAUUCCCCAGAUAAAAAGGCAGUGUGAUUGAUGAAAGGAUGCGGGGAGUCUGUUUUUAGCUUUAGUAAAACCAUAAGGAGGGAAACAGAGAGAGGGAGAGAGAGAGAGAAAGAGAGACUAACAUGGCAGUUUCAUACAACAGUCACAUCCCAGUGAGGUUCUGUCUGUCUGCACCUCUUGCCUGUGAGUUGCCACCAAUGCCUCAUCUGUACUCUCACUUUCAGACAUACUGUAGCUGGGAAGGACAUUAACUUCACUGGCUGAGGAUCAAUUAGAGCUGGCUGGAAGGUCUUGUAGCAGAGAGGUAUGCUUUUGCUUCAUGGUACCAGACAGACAUCAGAUCAGUGUCCUGCUGCUUCGUUCUGCAGCCAGUGGCCUGAGACAACCGAUUACGUUAGAUUUCAAAUGUCAAUGGCCUUGGCAACCUAAUGUUACUAUGACUGAAUGGAAAAGAUGAAUCAUAAGAUACCGUGACUCAGAUUGUACAAACAAAAUUGCUCUCAAUGAGUGAAUAAAAACACUUGAUAAAGAGCAUGGGAAGCAAGACUUGUUGGUUGAGGUAGCGAAUUCCAGAAGCAGUAUGUCAUUCAUUUUGGGAACCCCCAGCUGUGACAGCUCUAUUUUGACUGUGAGCUCAGCCUGGCCUCAAAGAGUAGAAGUAACAGAGUAAAUGUAGUGGCGUUUAUUCAUGGUUGCCGAGGGAAGGCAGGCUUCCCAAAAAAAUGGACAAAGAAACAAAACAAAAUAUUUAGUCUCUCUGUGUUUUCAUAAUCUUCCUUAAAUUCGCAAGAGGCUGAAUGUAUCUCAACGGAGAAAGCAUCCGAGCGAGCGAAACAGCGCCCCUCUGUCUCUGUAUGUGUAGGCCGUCUAUCUGAUGGUGUCUGGUCAUAAAGAGUAUGACAUUGUUGCCGCCAGUAGCAUUGAAUGCAAGGGAAGCCAGCGAGCAUUUGGCCUCCAUUGAAAAAAAAAUAAAAAAUAAUAGCUAAUCAGCAUUGAGCUAAACUGAGUGAGCUCAACUGUGAAUGGUCUUGGCGCACCAAAAAAAAGUGUAAAGGGAAGUUUGGAUUUGGCUUCACUCCUAUCACAUCGCAUUAAGUGAAAUUAGUCAUUGACAGAAACAUUCUUGAAUUGUUGCAUCUCGUUGUGUUGUUGUCCUCCAGUGGCUAGCUAGCUAAAAUUGGCCCUUUCCUAAAUUAACCAUGGAUGGAGAUAGGGAUUUGGACUUGUGGUUUUACUUAAUUCUCCGUACUGGUCAAUGAUUAUAACGGAAAUUCUGAUCCAACCAUACAUUCAUUCACGGAAAUUCUGAUCCAACCACACAUUUAACUAGCUAACAUUGCCUAUGAAAGGAAGUUAGGCUAGCGAGCAAGCAUUUUAGCAAAGUAGCCUAGGACAACAAAAAAUAGAAGCGUGUACUGGAUGACAGUCAUAGACCGUUUCGUCAACAUGAAAGAGAGGAGGAUGGCAUUGGCAUUUCUCUACAAGUAGGGUGAGUCAACAUGUUUUUUUCUACUUGCACGAACGCACACACGCAUGCGCACCCACGCGCACACACACACACACACACACACACACACAAAUCAAAACCAUGGAAAGCCACAUCAUAUUAAGCUUACGUUGAUUGGACCUAAUUGUUUUUGGUAUCCUUUAGUUGUCAAUGUAUUAGACUAACUAUAGGUGAUUUUAUGAUGUUGAAAUGUUGAAGUUGAAAUGGUGCUGGAAUAGUGGAGGCAGCUUGUGUUUCCUUUGCGACUUGGGUAACUCUCCAUGGUUCUAAAUAAAUAGUUGUUUACUAGUCCGAAAAUGUCGGAAACAUUAACUUGAUUGACCAUGCUUUAGGUCAUGUAACCAUUUGCGAUAUGCUUAUGCUUUGUGGACUUCACCGGACAGAGGUUGCUCUCCGGUUUUGUGAUGAAACAAAGGUGUGGUUGAAUUUAUUCUGCCACUGUGUCUUCUUAUUGUCUUAGGCCUAUAUAUCACGGUCGCAAGGCAUAUGAACUAACAGGUUAUAGAGCAAACAACGCAAUUUUCUGGCUUUUUCUGGCUUGGCUUCUCCAGUGAUUUUACCCAUGCACUGCUACUGAGUAAAUGUAAAUCUGUGACAGAUGUGUUACGUUUGGUGUGGUUACAUAAGACAGAAGGUUACUUAAGACAAAAAUGAAAGAAGGGAGGUUGGGCGGGCAGGAUGGGUGGGCAUAUACCCAAACGUUGUGUGUUCGAAUCAUAUCACGGACAACUUUAGCAUUUUAGCUAAUUAGUAAGUUUGCAACUACUUACUGCUUUUUAGCUACUUUGCAACUACUUAGCAUGUUAGCUAACCAUUUCCCUAACCCUAACCCUAACCUUAACCCCUGACCCUAACCUUAACCCUGACCUCAACCCCUAACUAUGACCUUAACCCUAACCCCUAGCCUAGCUAAUUUGUAACAUGCACUCUUAGAAAAAAUGGUUCCAAAAGGGUUCUGUGGCUGUCCCCAUAGGAGAACCCUUUUUGGUUCGAGGUAGAACUCUUUUGGGUUCCAUGUAUAAUCCUCUGUGGAAAGGGUUGUACAUGGAACCCAAAAGGGUUCUACCUGGAACCAAAAGGAUUCUACCUGGAACCAAAAGGGGUUCUUCAAAGGGUUCUCCUAUGGGGACAGCUGAAGAACCCUUUUUGGUUCUAGAUACAAUAACUUAUUUUUCUAAGCGUGUAUCAUACAAAAUGGAUUAUGGACAUCUACAAAUUAAAACAUACCAUACGAAACGUAACAUAUCAUACUAAAUGGAGGGAGACAGACUUAUCCUUACUAUGUUACAUCUACCCCUGAGUCCAGGUUGGUGAGCUUCCAUUUCACAGACCUUACUUACUUGAGUUGACAUGCUCUGUGCACUCCCAGUACACCCACUCAUUCCUGGCCCAGUGUCCUCGACAUCUUUUGUGCUCUCCACUCUCCUUCUUUGAGCCUAAUUGUUUCCAGACCACGGCAAGUCCUCCAGCUUACAAUCCCUCUAAAAACAUCACAUACAGAGUCUUUAAAGGCCUCUCUAUACACAGUACUCUUUUACUGACUCCUUCACCAUUCAAUGUUUAUUUUACAGAGUAUUAUCAAUUCACACUGGCACUAUGGAGCUGGGCUUGGCAAAGGCUCUGCCGUCGGUGGCCAUCUUUGCAGGUAAGAAAAAGCUAAAUGUGUUUUUACACUGCAGUUAGAUUGUAAUUGGUCGAGAUUGUUCAUUGGUAACGUGUUUGUGUUGUUCAUCUCAUUAUGUUUGGACCCCAGGAAGAGUAGCCACUGCCUCGGCAGCAGCUAAUUGGGAAUCCUAAUUAAUACUAAAUACAUUUCCCAGUGCUGCUGCAGUUUUGUCCAGAGGGCUUCAGUCUGGAGCUCAGCCCCAGUGAGAAGGAGGUCAUACUGAGCACCAACUCCUCCUUCAUGGUGGUCUGUUCUGGUUGGAGCAAGGUGACCUGGAAGUCUCCCCACAACCCCAGCCUGGAGGGAGUGGCUGUGGAGGACAGGGGAUCCACCAGUGUGCUGGUCCUCCACAACGUCACCUGGAGGCACUCUGGGAACUAUGUCUGUGAAGAGCCCUCUACAGAGGAGACCAAGGACAUAUCAGUGUUUGUACCAGGUGAGACUAAACACCCUCUAUAAACCUUCUAUUUUCUUUUUCAUGCAUUUAUUUUAUCUUGUUGGAUAGGACAGAGGUAGAGAGGAAAGAUAGAGGAGAGAGUGUGCUGAAAUAGCAGUGGGCCGGAUUCAACCCAUGCAGCAGCGAUAUAUGUGAUCUGGAGGCAGAGGCUUAGACCGCUAGACCAUCCUAGACCACUGAACCUUCUAUUUUAGGAGGACUAUGGAGGGACAAACUGUGACAAUUCAAAGCUAAUACAAAUCAGUGCUGGUUUCACAAUUGACACCCUCUACCAUUUUAAUAAAAUGUCCCUGCGUCUCUAAAGGCUAUUUUAGAAAGGUCAUUAUUUUUACUUCCCUUCUUCAAAGUCUAACGUAUGGUGGACAUGUCCCCCCCUCCCCAGACCCUGAGGAAUGGUUUGUUCCCCUGCAGCCAGCACUAGUGAUGAAGGAGAGAGAGGAAGGCACCAUUCCCUGCGUGGUGUCUGACCCUAGCAUUAACGUGACCCUGUACGAGAGGGCCAGCAAGGACCCUGUGGAGGGAACAUAUGACCCCAGCAAAGGGUUCACCGCCAUCCUGAAAGAUAGCUCCUACAUCUGCCGAGGUGCCAUGAACGGAGAGGAGAAGGCGUCCCAGGUGUAUUAUGUCUACAGCAUUGUGGGUAAGGCUCUGUGUCAACUCUCAAAGUGAAACUUUGACCAAAAGAAAAAGGGUCUCAACGCACAAUCUUAAAACGGUCUUUAAAAAGCUGUAAAAUGCUUAUUGAAGACCAGGCUGCAGGAAGAUGGUGCCUGUUAUGAUGUCCUCUUCCUUUCCGAUUUAUUCUUUCCAGUCCCCAAAUCCAUGAAUGCCUUCAUGACUCUCUCAAAAACUGUGCUGAAACAAGGCGAGGCCUUAAUGGUUAAUUGUACUGUAGAAGACGCAGAGAUAGUUUACUUCAAAUGGGAUUUUCCUCGUAAAGAGGUGAGUGGACUAUAUGUGACACAUGUUUCCCAAGCAGAAUCAUCUCCUUUGUUGAUAACUAUGUUGUUGCAAUGCUGUUCUUACUUCUGUUAUAUUUUGUUUCCGUCUGAAGAUGAUUGAGCCACUGACAGACUUUCUAACGGGGAACCGGGAGUUUAGAAUUCGUUCCUUCUUGAACAUCUCCAGUGCUACUCUGGAGGACUCUGGCCAGUACAUCUGCCGGGUACAGGACACCGUUUCAGGACAGUCAGCCAUGGAUAAUCUCACUGUUACUGUUCUGGGUGAGCAAACACCCUCAAAGCUUUUCCAAACUCACAACAACAUAAGCCUAGUAACUUUCAUUUAAUCGACUGAAAAAGUGGAAAUACUAUGCACAAUGUAAUGGGGCCUCAAUGGGCUUUGUGUGUGUCUGCUUUGGAAAGUAUCUAACUGAUUGAGGUUCUUGCCAUGUAUCUAUAAGGCAGUAAUCUUCUAUUCAAAUGCCAUUUUACAGAACGGGGCUUUGUGGCUUUGGAACCCUCCAUCAACCACAAUGUUUCAGCGCUGCAGUUUGAGAGCAUUGAGCUCACAGUGCAGAUUGAAGCGUAUCCCAAACCUCAGGUGCUCUGGACCAGAGACAACACCACCCUCACUGGGGAAACGGUAUCCAUGGUCACCAGACAGGUGCAUGAGACCAGGUACCCAUCAUACAUGAUCAUGAACAUCCCAACUGAAAGAAAUCUAUUAAAAUGGUGACAAUGAAAUUGAGAAUCAGGGCAUAAGCCCCAUGAUAUUGAUUGUGUUCUGUUUGACCUUUGACCUCAAGUUACCUCAGUACUCUGACCUUGGUAAGGGUCAGGAUGGAACAGAGGGGCCUCUACACUGUCCAUGUGGCCAACGAAGACGAAGUCAAGGAGAUAACCUUUGAUCUUCAAGUCAAGGGUAAGAUACAUGCCUGAAACAUUAUCCACUCUGGACAGACAUUAGAUGGGAUCACUAUUCAGUCAUUUUUCUUUAUUGAGUUAUCAUGUUGGAAUGUAAAGGAUGUUGAACUGUUUCUUCUAUUGAUAAAAAAAUCAACUACACUGAACAAAAAUGUAAACGCAACAUGCAACAAUUUCCAAGAUUUUAUUGAGUAACAGUUCAUAUAAUGAAAAUAAAUAAAUUAGGCCCUAAUCUAUGGAUUUCACAUGAUUGGGAAUACAGAUCUGCAUCUGUCGGUCACAGAUACCUUAAAAGAAAAGGUAGGGACGUGAAUCAGAAAACCAGUCAGUAUCUGGUGUGACCACCAUUUGCCUCAUGCAGCGCGACAUCUCCUUCGCAUAGAGUUGAUCAGGCUGUUGAUUGUGGCCUGUGGAAUGUCGUCCCACUACUCUUCAAUGGCUGUGCGAAGUUGCUGGAUAUCGGCGGGAACUGGAACACAUUGUUGUACACGUCGAUCCAGAGUAUCCCAAACACGCUCAAUGGGUGACAUGUCUGGUGAGUAUGCAGGCCAUGGAAGAACUGUGACAUUUUCAGCUUCCAGGAAUUGUGUACAGAUCCUUGCGACAUGGGGCCAUGCAAUAUCAUGCUGAAACAUGAGGUGAUGGUGGCGGAUGAAUGGCACGACAAUGGACCCCAGGAUUUCGUCACUGUUUCGCUGUGCAUUCAAAUUGCCAUCGAUAAAAUGCAAUUGUGUUCAUUGCUUAUGCCUACCCAUACCAUAACCCCACCGCCACUAUGGGGAACUCUGUUCACAAUGUUGAAAUCAUCAAACCGCUCGCCCACACAACACCGCAAAAAGCACACUUCUCCAGCGAGCCAGUGGCCAUCGAAGGUGAGCAUUUGCCCACGUAAGUCGGUUACGAACUGCAGUCAGGUCAAGACCCUGGUGAGGACGACGAGCACGCAGAUGAGCUUCCCCGAGACUUCCCCCCCACAGUUUCAUCAGCUGUCCGGGUGGCUGGUCUCAGACGAUCCCGCAGGUGAAGAAGCCAGAUGUGGAGGUCCUGGGCUGGCGUGGUUACACGUGGUCUGGGGUUGUGAGGCCAAAUUCUCUAAAACGAUGUUGGAGGCAGCUUAUGGCAGAGAAAUGAACAUUAAAUUCUCUGGCAACAACUCUGUUGGACAUUCCUGCAGUCAGCAUGCCAAUUGCACGCUCCCUCAAAACUUGAGACAUAUGUGACAUUGUGUUGUGUGACAAAACUGCAGUGGCCUUUUAUUGUCCCCAGUACAAGGUUCUUUAUAUGCCACACCUGUCAGGUGGAUGGAUUAUCAUGGCAAAGGAAAAAUGCUCACUAACAGGGAUGUAAACAAAUUUGUGCCCCAAAAAUUGAGAGAAAUAAGCUUUUUGUGAGUAUGGAACAUUUCAGCUCAUGAAAGAUGGGACCAACACUUUACAUGUUGCAUUUAUAUUGUUGUUCAGUGUAUCUAUGUUUCACUACCUUUCACUGUCUCAUGGGAAAUUUCCACUCCCUGCAGCUCCCCCGAAGAUAAUAGAUCUGUCUGACCAGCACAUGGACCAGGGCCACGGUGUACUCUGUGUCACAGAGGGGGUCCCCACACCCACCAUUCACUGGUACAGCUGUGAAAGCAUUGGAAAGUAAGGGAACAGACCGCUGGAAAUACUGACCAACACAAUGAAGCAUAUUCCGCCACUUCAGUUGUGUUUUGACUUUUACUCUCAAUCUGCAGAGGUAGAGGGCAGCGUUACAAUAGGAUCACACAGUUGAGUGAUAUUUGUUGGACCUGUUGCUUAUUUUGGACUCUCAAUAGUCUAUAGCAGUUUUUGUCAGUCACCCAAUAUCUCACUCAGACAGAAAGUCUCACGAACUGAACAAGCAUAUAUUCUAUCACCAUCAAGCUAAUCCACAAUGAUGACCUCUUCACCCAGAUGCAGUAAUAAGACCACAGCAUGGAAGCCUCUGUCGGCUGACCCAGAGAACGUCAGCAUCCAGAUGAAUGUGAGCUACAUCGAGGCCUCAGGGGUCAACCACGUCCGCAGCCUUUUGACCUUCCAGACCAUGGGGAGUAUUACGUCAGUGCGCUGUGAAGCCCGCAACGAGAAAGGACGCAGGGCCUGGGACAUCAAACUAGUCUCCAACUGUAAGCACUCAACAUUGACUAAAGUCCACUUUAUGCUUGCAUGACUAUGACAUACACUACUGGUCAAAAGUUUUAGAACACCUAUUUAUUCAAGGGUUUUUCUUUAUUUUUUACUAUUUUCUACAUUGUAGAAUAAUAGUGAAGACAUCAGAACUAUGAAAUAACACAUGUGGAAUCAUGUAGUAACCAACAAAGUGUUAAACAAGUCAAAAUAUAUGUUAUAUUGGAGAUUCUUCAAAUAGCCACCCUUUGCCUUGAUGACGGCUUUGCACACUCUUAUCAUUCUCUCAACCAGCUUCACCCGGAAUGCUUUUCCAACAGUCUUGAAGGAGUUCCCACAUAUGCUGAGCACUUGUUGGCCUUCACUCUGUGGUCCGACUCAUCCCAAACCAUCUCAAUUUGGUUGAGGUCGGGGGAUUGUGGAGGCCAGGUCAUCUGAUGCAGCACUCCAUCACCCUCCUUCUUGGUAAAAUAGCCCUUACACAGCCUGAAGGUGUGUUGGGUUAUUGUCCUGUUGAAAAACAAAUUAUAGUCCCACUAAGCCCAAACCAGAUGGGAAGGCAUAUUGCUGCAGAAUUCUGUGGUAGCCAUGCAGGUUAAGUGUGCCUUGAAUUGUAAAUAAAUCACAGACAAUGUCACCAGCAAAGCACCCCCACACCAUAACACCUCCUCCUCCAUGCUUUAUGGUGGGAAAUACACAUGUGGAGAUAAUCCGUUCACCCACACCGCGUCUCACAAAGACACAGCGGUUGGAACCAAAAAUCUCCAAUUUGGACACAUUUCCACCGGUCUAAUGUCCAUUGCUCGUGUUUCUUGGCCCAAGCAAGUCUCUUCUUCUUAUUGGUGUCCUUUACUAGUGGUUUCUUUGCAGCAAUUAGAUCAUGAAGGCCUGAUUCACACAGUCCCCUCUGAACAGUUGAUGUUGAGCUGUGUCUGUUACUUGAACUCUGUGAAGCAUUUAUUUGGGCUGCAAUUUCUGAGGCUGGUAAUUCUAAUGAACUUAUCCUCUGCAGCAGAGGUAACUCUGGGUCUUCCAUUCCUGUGGCGGUCCUCAUGACAGCCAGUUUCAUCAUAGCGCUUGAUGGUUUUGGCGACUUCACUUGAAGAAACUUUCAAAGUUCUUGAAGUUUUCCGUAUUGACUGACCUUCAUGUUUUAAAGUGUUUUUUUAUUUCACCUUUAUUUAACCAGGUAAGCCAGUUGAGAACAAGUUCUCAUUUACAACUGCGACCUGGCCAAGAUAAAGCAAAGUAGUGCGAUAAAAACAACAACACAGAGUUACAUAUGGGGUAAAACAAAACAUAAAGUCAAAAAUACAACAGAAAAUAUAUAUACAGUGUGUGCAAAUGUAGCAAGUUAUGGAGGUAAGGCAAUAAAUAGGCCAUAGUGCAAAAUAAUUACAAUUAGAAUUAACACUGGAAUGAUAGAUGUGCAAGAGAUGAUGUGCAAAUAGAGAUACUGGCGUGCAAAUAAGCAAAAUAAAUAACAAUAUGGGGAUGAGGUAGUUGGGUGGGUUAAUUUCAGAUGGGCUGUGUACAGGUGCAGUAAUCGGUAAAGUGCUCUGACAACUGAUGCUUAAAGUUAGUGAGGGAGAUAAGAGUCUCCAGCUUCAGAGAUUUUUGCAGUUCGUUCCAGUCAUUGGCAGCAGAGAACUGGAAGGAAUGGCGGCCAAAGGAGGUUUUGGCUUUGGGGAUGACCAGUGAGAUAUACCUGCUGGAGCGCAUACUACGGGUGGGUGUUGCUAUGGUGACCAAUGAGCUAAGAUAAGGCGGGGAUUUGCCUAGCAGUGAUUUAUAGAUGGCCUGGAGCCAGUGGGUUUGGCGACGAAUAUGUAGUGAGGGCCAGCCAACAAGAGCAUACAGGUCACAGUAGUGGGUAGUAUAUGGGGCUUUGGUGACAAAACAGAUGGCACUGUGAUAGACUGCAUCCAAUUUGCUGAGUGUUGGAGGCUAUUUUGUAAAUGACAUCGCCGAAGUCAAGGAUCGGUAGGAUUGUCAGUUUUACGAGGGCAUGUUUGGCAGCAUGAGUGAAGGAGGCUUUGUUGCGAAAUAGGAAGCCGAUUCUAGAUUUAACUUUGGAUUGGAGAUGCUUAAUGUGAGUCUGGAAGGAGAGUUUACAGUCUAACCAGACACCUAGGUAUUUGUAGUUGUCCACAUACUCUAGGUCAGACCAGUCGAGAGUAGUGAUUCUAGUCGGGUGGGCGGGUGCCAGCAGCAUUCGAUUGAAGAGCAUGCAUUUAGUUCUACUUGUGUUUAAGAGCAGUUGGAGGCUACUGAAGGAGUGUUGUAUGGACUGUCGUUUCUCUUUGUUUAUUUGAGCUGUUCUUGCCAGAAUAUGGACUUGGUAUUUUACCAAAUAGGGCUAUCUUCUGUAUACCACCCUACCUUGUCACAACACAACUGAUUGGCUCAAAUGCAUUAAGAAGGAAAGAAAUUCCACAAAUUAACUUUUAAGAAAGCACACCUGUUAAUUGAAAUGCAUUCCAGGUGACUACCUCAUGAAGCUGGUUGAGAGAAUGCCAAGAGUGUGCAAAGCUGUCAUCAAGGCAAAGGGUGGCUAUUUGAAGAACCUCAAAUAUAACACUUUUUUGUUUACUACAUGAUUCCAUUUGUGUUAUUUCAUAGUUUUGAUGUCUUCACUAUUAUUCUACAAUGUAAAAAAUAGUGAAAAAUAAAGAAAAACCCUUGAAUUAGUAGGUGUUCUAAAACGUUUGACCGAGUGUAUAUGCAAAUAAGCAAUAAGUAUUUACAGUAACUCUCAACAACUGACGUAAAAUAUAAACUUUUGAUUCCUUUUGAUUAACUGAUAACAAUACUCCUUCAAAUCAAAUCACAAUUUAUUUAAAGUGCAUUGAUCAAAAGUCUCAAUACACUUUACAGACACGUUUAUAAAAAAUAAAAUCAUAUAAAUGUAAUAUAAAUAUAUUAUAUUAUUAUAUCAAUGUAUUAGUCUUUGACUAAGACUUUGACUAACAGAGUAUGAAUAAGGAUCACUGAGGUUGUCCUCUUGUGUGAGCUCCUUCUCUGUGUGUGUGUCUGCAGCUCUGUUCUCCCAGGUGGCUGUCUUGGCUGCAGUGUUAACCCUGGUGGUCAUCGCCGUCAUCUUCCUCAUCAUCCUCAUCGCCCUCUGGAGAAAGGUGACGCCCAAACAGAAACCCAUCACCUUCCCAUCACAUUUGUCUUGAUAGUGAUGCUACUGUUGAAAGAUGAGACUGUAAAAUUAGCGAGGACUACAAUAAUUGACUGGAGCCUGGCCAGUAGGUCUUAAAUCAUGUGGAACUGCUACUUAAGUCACAGCCUUGCCUGGCAUAACAAACUUUUGUGUGGGUGGGGAGGAGGGUGAUGUUAUUCUAUUUUUGUUACAUUAAUUAGAUUUUAUGUAUUUAUGUAUUUUUGUGGAAGCAGCAGCUUCCAUUGUCCAAGACAAAUUUCCCCUUGGGGACAAUAAAGUAUAAUACUGUAUAUAUCAUAUAUAAAACUCUGACAGCCUUUUGUAUCUGCCAUUAGAAGCCCCGGUAUGAGAUCCGUUGGAAGGUGAUCGAGUCAGUGAGCUCAGAUGGCCAUGCGUACACCUACAUGGACCCCAUGGACUUGCCAUAUGACUGUGCAUGGGAGGUGCCCCGAGACAACCUGGUCCUGGGUGAGUGGCUAUUAUAACACAAGGAAUGUUUUGGUAUAAUUGUGUGAAUACUGUAGCCUAUUUAUAAAUCAUAAUGCAUUGAUAUAUUUCACAUUAGCUAAGCUAACAGUACACCUCAUUUUCUGUCGUACCAGGUCACACUCUGGGUUCUGGAGCGUUCGGGAGGGUCGUGGAGGCCACAACAUAUGGCCUUGGUCACUCCCAGUCCACCACCAAAGUGGCUGUGAAGAUGCUCAAGUGUGAGUGCUUUAUGCUUUACUAUUACCAACAACUUGACAUUUCCUCCAUUUUACACACAAACCACUGACCUCGUUACUCAUUACCAUGAGAAAAUAUUGCAACGCUGCGUGUUCUGCUAUUGCUUUUGACUGACAGCCACAGCAAGGACAAGUGAGACUCGGGCUCUGAUAUCAGAGCUGAAGAUAAUGAGUCACCUUGGGCCCCAUCUAAACAUCGUCAACCUACUGGGGGCCUGUACUAAACGAGGUGGGAACUGGAAAGCAUACCACUGCUUAUAGACUUAACAUGUUCCGAUAUGUUAGUCAAAGUGUAUGUUAACAACUGCCCCCUUUUCUCUGCCCUGAAGGUCCUAUUUACCUCAUAACUGAGUACUGUCGCUAUGGUGACCUGGUUGACUACCUUCACCGCAACAAGCACACCUUCCUGCAGUACUACGCAGACAGAAACCGCAGGGAUGCUGAUAUGUGCAGGAACAGCACAGAGAGUGCAGUCCAAAUCCAAGGAAAAAGGCAAGACUGAUGCCUUCUGAAGUACACACUACUGAUUUUACAUUGCAAAGUCACCCAUCAACAUUCAAUGUUUAGUUGCAAUGGAAAAUGGAUUCAGAGGCCUAUGCUUUCUCUAAAUCAAAGAUGUACUAUCACUUAUUGUAAAAAAAAAUGUGCACUUGGUUUUUGACAGUGAGAGCGAUGGGGGUUACAUGGAUAUGACCAAGGAAGAUUCUUUAAAUUAUGUCCCCAUGCAAGAGCUGAGCGACAACAUCAAGUAUGCAGACAUCGAGCCUUCAGUCUAUGAGACGCCUUACCAUCAGGACAACAACUACCAAAGACAAGGUACAUUUUUGUAUACAUUAUCCACUGGGCACACACUGGUUGAAUCAACGUUGUUUCCACGUCAUUUGAACCAAUGUGGAAUAGACGUUGAAUUGACAUCUGUGCUCAGUGGGUACAUUCUACCAGGGGUUGGAACCGGUUCAGGGAAAAGAACCGAAAACCAGAAAAUAACGAACAGAAUCAGAACCAGGCCCUAAAGGCGCGGACUGCGACCGCGCCUCAACUAACCAAAACAGGGGAGGGCUGGGCGGGCAUACCUCCUCGGUGGCGGUUCUGGCUCCGGCCUUGAUCCCCACCUCCUCUCCAACCCCCCAAAGUACCCCUGGUCCUGUCUAGCCCCGCCGGCCGGAGCCAGACUGACGACACGCGCCCCUGGCUUGGUGCGUGGAGGACGAACGGGCCUUACCAGGCUGACGACGCGCACCACUGCCUUGGCGCGGGGAGCAGGAAUGGGCCGGACCGGGCUGAUGAAGCGCACCCCUGACUUGGUGCGGAGAGCGGGACCGGACCGGACAGGGCUGACGAAACGCACCACCAACUUGGUGCGUGGAGCAGGAACAGGUCGGGCAGGGCUGUCGACGCACACCGUAGACCUAGUGCGUGGAGCAGGAACAGGCCGGGCUGGGCUGGCGACGCACACCGUAGUUCUAGUGCGUGGAGCAGGAACAGGCCGGGCUGGGCUGGCGACGCACACCGUAGUUCUAGUGCGUGGAGCAGGAACAGGCCGGGCUGGGCUGGCGACGCACACCGUAGUUCUAGUGCGUGGAGCAGGAACAGGCCGGGCUGGGCUGGCGACGCACACCGUAGUUCUAGUGCGUGGAGCAGGAACAGGCCGGGCUGGGCCGGCGACGCACACCGUAGUUCUAGUGCGUGGAGCAGGAACAGGCCGGGCUGGGCUGGCGACGCACACCGUAGUUCUAGUGCGUGGAGCAGGAACAGGCCGGGCUGGGCUGGCGACGCACACCGUAGUUCUAGUGCGUGGAGCAGGAACAGGCCGGGCUGGGCUGGCGACACACACCGUAGUUCUAGUGCGUGGAGCAGGAACAGGCCGGGCUGGGCUGGCGACGCACACCGUAGUUCUAGUGCGUGGAGCAGGAACAGGCCGGGCUGGGCUGGCGACGCACACCGUAGUUCUAGUGCGUGGAGCAGGAACAGGCCGGGCUGGGCUGUGGAGACGGAUAGGAGACCUAGAGCGAAGAGCGGCCACCACCCGUCCUGGCUGGAUGCCUACCCUCACACACUCUGCGUGAGGCAUCCGCACAGGACGUACAGGGCUGUGAACCCGUACCGACAUGACAGCACGCGAUACGGGAGCAGGAUAUCCGGGACCGCGGAGAGGCACUGGAGACCUCGAGCGUAGAUCCGGCACACUCCGUCCUGGCUGCAUCCCCCCCUUCGCACGACACGUGCGGGGUGCUUGCACAGGACGUACAGGACUGUGCCGGACCACUCGUGGCACAGUACGCUGCUCCGCAUACCGCGGAACCUGCCCCGUCCCACGCUGCCAUGCCUGAGUACGGGAAGUUGGUUCCGCUCUACCUCCAGGCCUCGCCAACCUGCCUUCUGCCUCCCAACACCCGGUGACCACCUCUCCAAAACGUCCUGUAGCAGCCGCCUGCUGCCCAGCCGCCCAAGCCAUGUGCCCCCCCAAAAAAAUUUCUUGGGGUUGCCUCUCGUCCUUCCGACGAUGGCCCUGCUGCCGCCGUUGCUCCUCUCUCGCCAGGGCCUUGAUCCUCCCCCAAGGUCCCUUGCCCCCGAACAUGUCCUCCCAGGACCACGAUUUGCCCACCUGGGCCAUCGCCAGCCUCUCGAUCUCCUUACCCGGCGCUUCCUCCCAUGUCCAAUCUCCUUGCUCCUGGACACGCUGCUUGGUCUUUUUGUGGUGGGUUUUUCUGUCACGAUCGUCGUAGGAGUGAGUAGACCAAGGCGCAGCGUGUGAAACAAACAUGACUUUAUUACGUUAAAGUAAUCCAAACACGACUCGUGAAGUCCAAAACGGUACACUAACCGAACACGGAACAAAAACCCACAACACCCACAGGAAAACAUACAGAUUACAUAUGGCUCCCAAUCAGAGAUAACGAGCCGACAGCUGACACUCGUUACCUCCGAUUGGGAGUCAUUGACCAAACAUAGAAAUAAACCCAACAGAAAUACAAACAUAGAAAAUGAACACAUAGAAUGCACACACCCUGGCUCAACAUAAUGAGUCCCAGAGCCAGGGUGUGACAGAAUGAAAGUAAUAUAUAAUUUUCUGGAACAGAACUGUUAUUUUAAAAACAUGGGAACCGGUUAAUAACAUUAUUUUACAUUCUGGCCAUUUUUUUCCAGUCCCACAAAAAACGCAACAAAGAGCCUAUCCAAAGCCCUCCCUCUGUCAAUCAGAAACUUUAUUAUAGAAGAAUGGAUUAACUUUUUCAAUGCUAGUUAGGGAUUCUAUAGUUAUCACAUUUCACAUUGGACUUAUUAACUACGAAAAGGUAAGAUGUGCUUUUAAUCCAGGUGCCGCUCUGCACACACAAGCUUGUUAGCUAGCUAGCUAGCUCUGGUCCAAUGUUAAGCCAACUCUGAAGUUCAAAGACAUUCAAAGUUGUCCUCUGUAGCUCAGCUGGUAGAGCACGGCACUUGUAACGCCAAGGUAGUGGGUUCGAUCCCCGGGACCACCCAUACACAAAAAUGUAUGCACGCAUGACUGUAAGUCGCUUUGGAUAAAAGCGUCUGCUAAAUGGCAUAUUUAUUUAUUUAAAAGUUCCUCUAUAGAAACCACUCCUCCAGGUAUAAUUCUGUGGGCCUAAUUCCGAUAAUGCAUGUCAUCACAAGAUGCCCAGCACUUCAUGCCAAGCCUCCUCCUCCUUCACCCUCUCUUGCGCUCUUCCCACCAGCAAAGUUUUUAAUUGCAUCUCGUGCCCUACACUUGUAUUUCUAUCACGCAUGUAAACAACUCACUGAGCUAUAGUUUUCCCGCUCCAUAGCAAGCUGCUCUAUCCGCACUGUAUGAUUGGUGAAGUAAUUGAAAUGUUAAAAAAUUAUGAUUUCAGAGGUUUAAGAAGGAACAGAAAGGAACAACAUAUACCGGUACUUUUUUGGGUGUUUGAACCGGUUCCAAACUUUAUUUUGCUGGUUGGAACAGUGGAAUGGAAUAAAAAUAAUAAUGGUUAUGUUCAAAAUGAACCGAUUGGAAACGUAUUUCCAUUUCAACCCCUGCUUUCUACAAUGAAAUAGGGUGUGUCUGAAUUGGCACCCUAUUCCCUAUAUAAUGCACUAAUUUUGACCAGAGCUCUAUGGGCCCUGGUCAAAAGUACUGCUAGUGCUCUGGUCCAAAGUAGUGCACUAUAUAGGGAAUAGGGCGCCAAUUCAGACACAGCCAUACACUUUUUAAUUGAUUUAAGCAAUAUAAAUACUGAAGGCAUGAAACACUUGGUUGUUCAUCAUGUAUUAUGGUAAGCAGCAGCAAACAAUGGUUAUCCUCACCAUGCUUUAGUGUGUUGAAGACAUUUCAACAUUUCUGUCAGGCAGAUGGUGAGCAGACAGACCCCUGAUGUUGAAAUACUACUGGAGACCAAAAUAGGGAAGCCGCUCUCCACUUAGAGUUUUGACACGCAAGCAGCUUCCAGAAUUUUUUUUCAACCUCUUGUGUAACCAGACAAUGCCUUUUAACACUGUUCUUUUGAUCAACACCAUUCAGUUGAUCAUUUGUUUGCAUAGUCACAGUUUAUGACAAUUUCAUGUUCUCUUUUCAUGUUGCUCAGGCCAAGAGAGAGCAGACGUCGCGUUGUCUAUCAGUGACUCCCCAAUUCUGAGCUACACAGAUCUGGUGGGCUUUAGCUACCAAGUGGCUAAGGGCAUGGACUUUCUGGCAUCCAAGAAUGUAUGACUAUGGAAAGCUUCAUAAUACAUCCUUAUUCACAUCAUGUCAUGAAAUGUCAUGCCAUGUCACAUCAAACAUUAAUUAAUUAUUGAGAACAUGUGGAAAUUACCUUACUGAACCCACGUGAACUUCAAUAACAGUCUAAACUGUUGUCCCUGUCCUCACAGUGUGUUCAUCGUGACCUGGCUGCCAGAAACGUUCUCAUCUGUGAGGGAAAGCUGGUGAAGAUCUGUGACUUUGGCCUGGCCCGUGAUGUCAUGAACGACUCCAACUACAUAGCCAAAGGCAACGUGAGUUCAUUUGUUUCGUUUUGGUUGUUGUGUAUUUGUUUACAGGCCAUUCAAACAUGUGUAGUAAGUAAGGAAGGGGAAGAAACAACCAAACAGUCAUUAUGUUAGGAGGUGAAAGUGAUAGAAACUGAAAUACAAUUUUUUAUAAGGAACUUCCAGAGAUGUGGUUUAAUAUGACCCACUUAUGCAAACGAUCUGACCGACAACACUGUAAUAUUUAAAUGGUUUUAGCUCCUUUUUCCCUUAACAGACUGCUGUAUUUCUGGUUAAUUCUGUACAUCCUGAGAGUAAAAUAUGUUUUAGGUUAAAAAGCUGGCACAGGCGCCAUUUUUAGGGUUUUUAAAUGCUAAAACUUCCCACUAGGGUGAAGUUGUUUUUGCCAAAAAUGUGGUUGAGUUAUUGGAUAUGUGGGCUGCAGACUCUUUCCACUGGGGUUUUCUUGGCUUUUGGCUUUUUUGGUCUAAGAUCAGAAGAGGAUGUGAAACAGCUUUCCAAAAGUCAUUAUGUUAUAGAUGGUACAGGUCAGAAUACCAAAACAAUGUCAAUUUUCGUCACUGUACCAAAAGCAGAAGGCUAUUUUCCAUAAUUACAUCUGUAAUUCUGUAUUGCAACUGUCAUUACCUAAAAUGGGUUACCUACAGUAUGUCUCUGAUAUUGUAGACAUUCCUGCCACUGAAGUGGAUGGCUCCAGAGAGUAUCUUCCAGAACCUCUACACAACCUUGAGCGAUGUUUGGUCUUUUGGCAUUCUGCUUUCAGAGAUCUUUACUCUAGGUAAAUACAAAAGUCUCUGCAUAGAAAAUAUGUGUUUUGAUUCUUUACUUAUUGCAACUAGAGAUAAUAUCUAUGAAUGUAUGUCUUGAUACUAGUUACAGUGCAAUUGGAAAGUAUUCAGACCCCUUGAAUAUUUCCACAUUUUGUUAUGUUACAGCCUUAUUCUAAAAUGGAUUAAAUAUUUUUUUAUCUACACACAAUACCCCAUAAUGACAAAGCAAAAACAGGUUUUUAGACAUUUUUGCAAAUGUAUUACAAAUAAAUAAACAGAAAUAUCUUAUUUACAUAAGUAUUCAGACCCUUUACUCAGAACUUUCAUUACAGCCUUGAGUCUUCUUGGAUAUGACCUACAAGCUUGGCACAUCUGUAUUUGGGGAGUUUCUCCCAUUCUUCUCUGCAGACCCUCUCAAGCUCUGUCAGGUUGGAUGGGAGCAUCGCUGCACAGCUAUUUUCAGGUCUCUCCAAAAGAUGUUCGAUCAGGUUCAAGUCCGGGCUCUGGCUGGGCCACUCAAGGACAUUCAGAGACUUGUCCCGUAGCCAUUCCUGCGCUGUCUUGGCUGUUUGCUUAGGGUCGUUGUCCUGUUGGAAGGUGAACCUUCACCCCAGUCUGAGGUCCUGAGCGCUCUGUAGCAGGUUUUCAUCAAGGAUCUCUCUGUACUUUGCUCCGUUCAUCUUUCCCUUGAUCCUGACUAGUCUCCCAGUCCUGCCGCUGAAAAACAUCUCCACAGCAUGAUAAUACUACCACCAUGCUUCACCGUAGGGAUGGUGCCAGGUUACCUCCAGACGUGACGCUUGGCAUUCAUGCCAAUGAGUUCAAUCUUGCUUUCAUCAGACCAGAGAAUGUUGUUUCUCAUGGUCUGAGAGUCCUUUAGGUGCCUUUUGGCAAACUCCAAGCGGGCUGUCAUGUUCCUUUUGCUGAGGAGUGGCUUCCGUCUGGCCACUCUACCAUAACGACCUGAUUGGUGGAGUGCUGCAGAGAUGGUUGGUCCUUCUUGAAGGUUCUCCCAUCGCCACAGAGGAACUCUGGAACUCUGUCAGAGUGACCAUCGGGUUCUUGGUCACCUCCCUGACCAAGGCCCUUCUCCCCCGAUUGCUCAGUUUGGCCUGGCGGCCAGCUAUAGGAAGAGUCUUGGUGGUUCCAAACUUCUUCAAUUUAAGAAUGAUGGAGGCCACUAUGAUGGAGACCUUCAAUGCUGCAGACAUUUUUUGGUACCCCAGAUCUGUGCCUCAACACAAUCCUGUCUCGGAGCUUUAUGGACAAUUCCUUCGACCUUAUGGCUUGGUUUUUGCUCUGACAUGCACUGUCAACUGUGGGACCUUAUAUAGACAGGUGUGUGCCUUUCCAAAUCAUGUCCAAUAAAUUGAAUUUACCACAGGUGGACUCCAAUCAAGUUGUAGAAACAUCUCAAGGAUGAUCAAUGGAAACAGGAUGCACCUGAGCUCAAUUUCGAGUCUCAUAGCAAAGGUUCUGAAUACUUAUGUAAAUAAGGUAUUUCAGUUUUUUUAUUUUUAAUACAUUUGCAAAAAUGUCUAAAAACCAGUUUUCACUUUGUCAUUAUGGGGUAUAUUGUGUAGAUGGAUGAGAAUAUUUUUUAAAAUCCAUUUUAGAAUAAGGCUGUAAUGUAACAAAAUGUGGAAAAAGUCAAGGGGUCUGAAUACUUUCUGAAUGCACUGUAUAUACUUUGUUUCGGCCUACCUUCAGGAGGAACGCCCUAUCCUGACAUUCCCAUGAAUGAACAGUUCUACACUGCCUUGAAGAGAGGCUACAGGAUGCCCAAACCCACUCAUGCUACAGACGAGAUGUGAGGCCUCAUCUGUCUCUCUUUGUCUGUAGGAGUUUUUGUGGUUGUAUGUAAAAUAACCACUGGUGAAAUUCAAUCUACAUUUAAUUUGUUUCUUUCAGCUAUGAUGUCAUGUGCAAGUGUUGGGAUGAGAAAUUUGAGAAGAGGCCACCGUUCUCCUCUCUGGUUCAUUUGAUGGGAAACCUGCUGACUGACGUUUACAAAAAGGUACAGAAAACUAGAAUAAUCCUCAACAUUAUGGCUAUGAUUAUGUUGAUUGCUCAUGUAUUAAUAUCUACAUAUAAUUUCCAAACCGCCCCAGAAAUACACCCAGGUGAAUGAGAGCUUUCUGAAGAGCGACAGGUCCAAACCCACACCAGUAGGGAACCCGGCUGUGUCUCCAGAUGUCCAGUCCUCAGGGGACCGAGCAGGGCAGGAGACAGAGGAGACAGAGGAGACAGGGGAGAUAGGGGAGACUGGGAAGGAGGCUGGCCCCUCCCAGACUGACUACAUAAUCGCCAUCCCAGAUAUCCAUGUAGUCGAAGAGGCAGAAGCAAGUGGUGAGGUGCUGGACACCGCCACACAGAGUACAUCAAGGUAACGUAGGAUCUUCUCUCCACAGAAUAUGUCUCUUGUCUGUCAACUCUGUGGCUGUCUGUUUGCCACAGGAAGAGUGUGACUGCGUGGGUCAAAGGCAGCAUUUGAGGAUUUCCCAAUUCUGCACUGCCUUAUGUCAUGUGUAGGGUUGCAAAAUUCCUGGAACUUUCAAUAAAUUCCCUGGUUGGAGGAUUCCCAGAAUCUGGAGGGAAUAAGCAGGAAAUUCGGAAUCCUCCUUCCAGGAAUUUAUUGAAUGUUCCCAGAAUUUUGCAACCCUAGUCAAGCUUCUUUCAAAGCUUUUCUGAUGUUGGGUUUUUGUUUCUUGCUUAUUGUUAUUCAUAAUUGGCAGUUGACACUAAGUCUUUGAUAAUGCCAUUGUAUCGAUUUUACUCUGACAUUAAUAAAGCAGUAAUAAAGUAAAACCAAUCUUUGUUCUACCUUGUUAGUCCUCCAAGCACAACGGACCAGACCGAUACUGACACAGCCUCCCUAAAUGGGCCAGAAGCCUCCCUAGAAGAACCAGUACCCACAGAGGAAGAGGUGCCUGCCCCCACGCAAGAAGACAAGCUCCCCCAGUCUCCAUGUACCCCUGAAGUGGAGGAGAGUUUCCUG